CUCGAGAAAAGGAAAACUCACAGUUUCGAUCUAGGUGCCUAGGAUUUAAUUUUUAUGUUGACUUACCUUGAAGUUUUCUAGUCAGCUACUGAAGCUAAAUGUCAUGCUAAAAUGACAGGUUUUAAGGUUACUUGGAUAAUCCUUUGGUAUUUGAGCUAUAAUUUAGCCAAACAAGUCAAUGGAAAUCUAAUUCCCGAUGGCACAAAUGUUUGUUCUAGGCAAGAAAGUUUUGCACAGUCUUACGUGGUGUCUGUGCAACAAAGUGUGAACAAACAAGUUACUUACAAAUGCCGUAGUCAACAACAAUGGCCUUUCCUUUAUAAAACCUGCUACAGAAACUAGGUUGUGUACCAAGUUGGAUACAAUCAGAUGUAUAGAGUUGCAUACCGGACUGUAUACACGUGCUGUGACGGAUGGCAACCCACAGGCAGUAGCUGCACAACGCCAAUCUGUUCCCAUGGCUGCUAUAACGGGACAUGCAUUAAGCCUAAUAUGUGCAAGUGUCUACCCGGUUACCAUGGACCUGCUUGUAAUCAAACCUGUCAAUCAAACAUGUGGGGUCCCGGAUGUAAAAACACAUGUCAGUGCAGAAACAACGCUACUUGUGACAUGCGCAACGGGUCUUGCUUUUGCUUACCUGGAUGGCAAGGGAAAAUAUGUGACCGGCCAUGCCAACAAGGUUACUAUGGUAAAAAAUGUGCCCUGGCUUGUACCUGUCUAAAUGGUGCAGACUGUGACCACGUAACUGGCGACUGCAGUUGCCCCCCUGGUUGCCAAGGGCAACAGUGUAAUGUCUCUUGCAAUAUGGGUCACUAUGGUAGCAACUGUCAAGGGAUUUGUAAAUGUCAAAACAAUGCCAAGUGUGACAAAGUGACUGGCGCAUGCUCGUGCGCACAUGGCUACCAAGGUACAUUCUGUGAGAAGCCGUGCAAUUCAGGUUUCUAUGGUAACAGAUGUCAGGAGAAGUGUCAGUGUGAGCACGGUUCUUGUGAUCACGUGGUUGGCACGUGCUCUUGCAAAGCUGGUUAUAGUGGUUCAAGGUGUACAGAGACAUGUGCCACGAAUACGUAUGGAAUAAACUGUAGUCUACCAUGUUCCUGUCCUUCAAAUGCCAUCUGUGAUCCAAAACAUGGCGGCUGUACCUGUGAAAAAGGAUUCAUUGGUGAAUCAUGUGAUCACAAGUGUCAAUCAGGGCACUAUGGAAACCAGUGUCAAGAAAAAUGUAGUUGCUACAGUGAUGAGUAUUGUGACCCCUUAAAUGGGAAUUGUACAUGUAAGCACGAGAAGUGCAAUGAACGCCUUAAAGCGACUAAAGGCAAAUCAUCUGGAGCAUCUGGAGAGUCUAUACCACCUUACCUUAUACCAACUGUCACCAGUGUGAUAGUAAUAAUACUUGUAGUCAUCUGUAUUGCUAUCGCUUGCUUUGUCUACCUCAAACGACGAAAUCAGCGCAUGCGCAAUAAGCCAAACAAUGAAAGUCAGUUAAGCGAAUACUCCGACGCGAGUGCCAUCCAUACAGCUAAGAAAGAAAAGAAAGAAAUCAAGACGAAAGAAUCGAAACCAAUGUACAUGGAGUUGAAAGGGACUACCGAAAGGCCUUCCCAAGAUGACGUCAAUCAGGAAGGGAUUUAUACUACCUAUCAGAAACUACUUAAAAAGUCACGUGAGAGUCGAUUAAGUGACGUAGGUUCUAUUUCCAUGGAGACGCAGUACGAAAACCUUGGUAGCGCCAGGAAAGCUGAAAGUGUUUAUCAACCACUUCAAGAAGGAUAUGUAAUGGAGAAGAGAGGCGAGGAAGGCGACAAAGACUCAAAAAGUGCUUAUCAUUCCCUUAACCGAAUUAACUCCGAUAAUAGCCAUGUCAAAUACAACCCGGGAUACGAAUUGGAAUCCCCAACACUCUACGAGAAUUCGACCUCUGUACUCGAUAACACCUUAAAGAAGAAUUAUAGCAAUGGAGAUAACGAUAACGCUAAUCUUUAUCUGGAAUUAAUUUCUGAUGCAUAUCAACAACCUGGCAACUCGGAAGAGUCGGACGACCAGCCCUACGAGAUUCUACCCCCUACGGCAAGACACAAUCGCCCGGUAUAUGAUAAUCUAUAGAGGAUACUUCUUUUUGCAUAAAAUAUCAUGUGCAAUUAGUUUGCUCAAAAAUUCAUUUGUAUAUCUAUUUUAUUGAUAAAGAUAAAUUGAAGAUUAAGUAAUAUAUACAGUA